GUCUCCAGUGUGCCAGAGAGAAACUAAGGGAAGAGCGACCAUAACAGUUUUUUUGUUGUAUUGUUUGAGACAGGUUCUUACAUAGUUCAUGCUGGUGGCCUGGAACUCACUGAAGAUGACCUUGAACUCCUGAACAGGAGCUGCUUUGAAUCAGAACGCCUGCCGUCUUCUUGUGGUUCGAUAGACCUCUCCUCAGCAGUUUAUAUCAGCGUCACUGUCUUGCAAGAAGUAAAGCUAUUAGUUUGAAAAAGUCACCUGAGUCUUGAACAUGGGCGGUGCUGUGAGUGCAGGCGAGGACAACGACGAACUCAUUGACAACCUGAAGGAAGCCCAGUACAUCCGGACCGACUUGGUAGAGCAGGCUUUCCGAGCCAUUGACCGAGCAGAUUAUUAUCUUGAAGAAUUUAAAGAAAAUGCAUACAAAGAUUUAGCGUGGAAACACGGCAACAUUCAUCUCUCAGCGCCGUGCAUCUACUCGGAGGUGAUGGAGGCGCUGGACCUGCAGCCUGGCCUCUCCUUCCUGAACUUGGGCAGCGGCACUGGCUACCUCAGCUCCAUGGUGGGCCUCAUUUUAGGUCCCUUCGGUGUGAACCAUGGGGUGGAGCUUCAUUCCGAUGUGACUGAGUAUGCAAAGCAGAAGCUGGACGUGUUCAUCAGAACAAGUGACAGCUUUGACAAGUUUGACUUCUGUGAACCUUCCUUUGUCACAGGCAAUUGCCUGGAGAUUGCCCCAGACUGCUGCCAGUAUGACCGUGUGUACUGUGGGGCUGGAGUGCAGAAAGAGCAUGAGGAUUACAUGAAGAACCUUCUCAAAGUCGGAGGCAUCCUCGUCAUGCCCUUGGAGGAGAAGUUGACCAAGAUAACACGCACAGGCCCUUCUGCUUGGGAGACAAAAAAGAUUCUGGCUGUUUCCUUCGCCCCUCUGGUCCAGCCCUGCCGUUCGGAGUCAGGACAGUCCAGGCUUGUCCAGCUACCACCACCAGCCGUGCGCAGCCUGCAGGACCUGGCCCGGCUUGCCAUCCGUGGCAGCAUCAAGAGGGCUAUGCGCCAGGAAGCCACCAGAGGAGGUGGGCUGAAGAGCACACCUGUGUUUAAAAGGAGGCGGGUCCGUCGCAGGCGAAUGGAGACCAUUGUCUUUUUGGACAAAGAGGUUUUUGCCAGUCGAAUUUCUAACCCCUCGGAUGACACCAGCUGUGAGGAUGCUGAGGAGGAUCGGCCAGUGCCAGAGAGGACCUUACGGGAGGCCAAGCCUGAGCCACCAGUGAACUUCCUUCGUCAGAGGGUUCUGCGCCUCCCUUUACCUGACCCCCUGAAGUACUACCUGCUGUAUUACAGGGAAAAGUGAGCAGUGGGGGCGGCCCGGGUACCCAGAGGGAACUGCUGGCCAGAUGCAUACAUCUAUCCCCUUCUUGGUCCCUGUCUGUCCUUUAUAAUUUUUCAUGCAAUGGUGUGAUUUAUUUAAGCACAAUCCAACAAGAAACCACAUAGAAUUGUCUUCCUUGGGGGUGGGGCGAGGUGCACAUCUUGUUGGGCGCCUUGGGAACUGCAUGAUGUCUGCUCCUUAUGCAGGCAAACUUAAGGCCUUGA